UAAGGUGGCAUGGCUGGCCUGUCGUUCUGUGGCAACAAUGUGACCAAGAAUGCCUACAGUGUGGAUACGGGGAUGUUGAACAAUGGCUGCUUCGUGGACGCCCUCAACCUGGUCCCUCACGUCUUCCUGCUCUUCAUCACCUUCCCUAUCCUCUUCAUUGGCUGGGGCAGUCAGAGCUCUAAGGUUCAGAUCCACCAUAACACCUGGCUCCACUUCCCUGGACACAACCUGCGCUGGAUCCUCACAUUCACUCUGCUGUUUGUCCACGUCUGUGAGAUCGCUGAGGGAAUCGUCUCCAACAAACAGAUGGACACCAAUCACCUCCACCUCUUUAUGCCAGCGUUUAUGGGCUUCAUAGCAGCCACUACAUCUGUGGUGUACUACCACAACAUAGAAACCUCCAACUUCCCCAAACUACUGCUGGCUCUGUUUAUCUACUGGGUUCUGGCGUUCAUCACCAAGUCCAUCAAGCUGUGGAAGUUUGCAGAGUACGGCGUUGGAGUGCUGCACCUGAGGUUCUGUAUCACAGCCCUGCUGGUCGUUCUGUACGGACUCCUCAUGGCUGUAGAGAUCAACGUCAUCAGGGUCAGGAGGUACGUGUUCUUCGCCAACCCCCAGAAGGUAAAGCCUCCAGAGGACCUUCAGGACCUGGGAGUGAGGUUCCUCCAGCCCUUCGUCAACCUCCUCUCCAAGGCCACAUACUGGUGGAUGAACCCCCUGAUUAUAGGAGCCCAUAAAAGACCCAUUGAGCUGAAGAAGAUUGGCAAACUCCCCAUCGCCAUGAGAGCCCUCACCAACUACCUGAAGCUCAAAGACGCCUACGAGGAUCAGAGGCAGAAUGCCGAGGACCCAGAGAAGGCUCCAUCCAUCUGGCGUUCUAUGUACCGGGCGUUUGGUCCCCGACCCAUCCUCCUCAGCAGUACCUUCCGUUACCUGGCGGAUCUGCUGGGCUUCGCCCCUCUGCUCUGGCCGCUCUGCAUCUAUGGUCCCAUUACUGUUCCCAUCGAACAUCUCAACAAAAAGCCCGUCAAGGAAGGGAGUGUGGUCCCCUAUUUCGAGGUCUACUUCAUGUCAUCCAACGAGCUGCUCCAGAAUACGUCAGUGCUGGCUGUUCUGCUGUUCCUGGCCCUGGUGCUACAGCGGACCUUCCUACAGGCCUCCUACUAUGUCACUAUAGAGACCGGCAUCAACCUCCGUGGAGCCCUGCUGGCGAUGAUCUACAACAAGAUCCUGCGUCUGUCCACCUCUAACAUGUCCAUGGGAGAGAUGACCCUGGGCCAGAUCAACAACCUGGUUGCCAUAGAAACCAACCAGCUCAUGUGGUUCCUCUUCCUGUGUCCCAACCUCUGGGCCAUGCCAGUGCAGAUUGUGAUGGGCGUGAUCUUGCUGUACUACCUGCUGGGGACCAGUGCUCUGAUUGGAGCUUCAGUCAUCGUGCUGCUGGCUCCAGUCCAAUACCUGAUCGCUACCAAGCUGGCUGACACCCAGAAGAGCACCCUGGACCAGUCUACGGAACGUCUGAAGAAGACCACAGAGAUUCUGAAGGGGAUCAAGCUGCUGAAGCUGUACGCCUGGGAGAACAUCUUCUGUGACAGUGUAGAAGAUACCAGGGGCAAAGAGCUCACCAGCCUCCGCACCUUCGCCCUCUAUACCUCCAUGUCUAUUUUCAUGAAUGCUGCUAUCCCCAUCGCUGCUGUGCUUGUGACGUUUGUCAGCCACGCCCUGAUCAACAAGUCCAAACCCAGCUCCUCGGAGGCCUUCGCUGCUCUGGCCCUCUUCCACAUCCUGGUUACCCCACUGUUCCUGCUCUCCACCGUGGUCCGCUUCGCAGUCAAGGCCAUGGUCAGCGUCCAGAAGCUGGGUGAGUUCCUGCAGAGCGAUGAGAUUGGCGAUGACAGCUGGAGGAACGGAGACAUGUCUGUGUCCCUAGAGGCCUGUAAGAAACACCCUGGGGCGACCAAGGCUAUAAACAGGAAGCAGCCCCUGCUCUACCAGAUGGACAGCUAUGAGCAGCCAGCACGCAGACCACUGCGACCCAACGAGACUGAGGACGUGGCUGUCAAGGUGAACGGUGGAUUCUUCACAUGGGGAAGCAACUUGUCAACGUUGUCCGACAUCAACAUCUGCAUUCCAACAGGUCAGCUGACCAUGAUCGUGGGCCAGGUGGGUUGUGGGAAGUCGUCCCUGUUGCUGGCCAUGCUGGGAGAGAUGCAGACCCUCAGUGGAAAGGUCUACUGGAGCAAACUGCCUGUGAGUGAGAUGCUGCACGAGGCCAACAGUUGUUUUGAGACGGAUGGGUCUUUUGAAGAAACCAGGAGUAAGAACAGGUACUCUGUGGGCUACGCUACACAGAAGUCUUGGCUGCUGAAUGCCACCGUGGAGGAUAACAUCACGUUUGGCAGUCCCUUCAACAAACAGAGAUACAAGACUGUGAUUGAUGCCUGCUCCCUGCAGCCUGAUGUAGACCUCCUGCCCUUCGGAGACCAGACGGAGAUCGGAGAGAGGGGGAUCAACCUGAGUGGAGGCCAGAGACAGAGGAUAUGUGUGGCUCGGGCUCUCUACCAGAACACCAACAUCGUCUUCCUGGAUGACCCGUUCUCAGCGCUGGACAUCCACCUGAGUGACCACCUGAUGCAGGAGGGCAUCCUGAAGUUCCUACAGGAUGAUAAACGCACCGUGGUCCUGGUCACACACAAACUGCAGUACCUCAUCCACGCUGACUGGAUCAUAGCCAUGAAGGAUGGCUCAGUGCUGAGGGAAGGCACUCUGAAGGACAUUCAGACUCAUGAUGUAGAGCUGUAUGAACACUGGAAGACCCUGAUGAACAGACAGGACCAGGAACUAGAGAAGGACACUGAGAUUGAUAACUGUCAGACUGCUCUGGAGAGGAAGACCCUGAGAAGAGCUUUCUACUCCAGAGAGGCCAAGAACCAGGUCGACGAUGACGAAGAAGAGGAGGAAGAGGAGGAGGAAGAGGACGACAACAUGUCGACGACCACCAGUCGGCGCUCUAAGAUCCCGUGGAGGGUGUGCUGGCAGUACCUGUCCUCUGGUGGCUUCCUCAUGGUCUUCCUCAUGGUCUUCUCCAAGCUGCUGAAACACUCCGUCAUGGUCGCCAUCGACUACUGGCUGGCCGAAUGGACUGCUAAUGGCGAUGGCCCAGUCAAUGGGACUGCUAAUGGCAAUGGCCCAGUCAAUGGGACUGCUAAUGGCAAUGGCCCAGUCAAUGGGACUGCUAAUGGCGAUGCUAAUGGAUAUGCCCCAGACUUUGGAAAUGUUACAGGAGACUUUGUCAAUGCCUCUGCAGCAGCUGUCUUCUCCAAUCGGACAAACUCAGCGGCUGGUCUGCCUGACUCCUACUAUGUGCCAGUGUUUAUCAUCCUGUGUGGAGCGGGGAUAGCCCUGUGUCUGAUCACCUCUCUGACUGUGGAGUUCCUGGGUCUGUCUGCUGCUACCAACCUGCACCACAACCUGCUCAACAAGAUCAUCCACGCACCUAUCAGAUUCUUUGACGUGACCCCCUUGGGCCAGAUCCUGAACCGUUUCUCAGCUGACACCAACAUCAUAGAUCAGCACAUCCCACCUACCCUGGAGUCUUUGACCCGCUCCACUCUGCUCUGCCUGUCAGCCAUCGGGGUCAUAGCGUUUGUCACCCCAAGCUUCCUCAUCGCUCUGAUUCCUCUGGCUGUGUCCUUCUACUUUAUACAGAAGUACUUCCGGGUCGCCUCAAAGGACCUUCAGGACUUAGAUGACUCCACCCAGCUUCCUCUGCUCUGCCACUUCUCUGAGACUGCAGAGGGACUCACCACCAUCCGAGCAUUCAGACAUGAAUCUCGAUUCAAGCAGAAGAUGCUGGAGCUGACAGAUACCAACAACACAGCCUACCUGUUCCUCUCUGCUGCCAACCGCUGGUUGGAGGUCAGAACGGACUACCUGGGUGCUGUCAUUGUGUUAACAGCAGCAGUAGCCUCAAUAUGGAGCUCUGGCAAGAACCUUCCCUCUAGCAUGGUGGGGUUAGGCCUGACCUACGCCCUUACGGUGACCAACUACCUGAACUGGGUGGUGAGGAACCUGGCUGACUUAGAGGUCCAGAUGGCUGCUGUCAAGAAGGUCAACAGCUUCCUGAGUACAGAGUCUGAGAACUACGAAGGCUCCAUGGAUACCACCCAGGUCCCCGAGGACUGGCCCCAGCACGGAGAGAUAAAGAUCCAGGAUCUGUGUGUCCGUUACGACCCCCUUCUGAAGCCUGUCCUCAAACACGUUAAUGCCUACAUCAACCCCGGACAGAAGGUCGGCAUCUGUGGACGCACAGGAAGUGGAAAGUCCUCCCUCUCUCUGGCCUUCUUCAAUAUGGUCGACGUGUUUGAAGGGCGGAUCAUCAUUGAUGGUAUAGACAUCUGUAAGUUGCCCCUCCAGACCCUGAGGUCUCGUCUGUCCAUCAUCCUCCAGGACCCGGUGUUGUUCAGCGGAUCCAUCCGGUUUAACCUGGACCCAGAGCGUACCUGUACUGAUGACAGACUGUGGGAGGCGCUAGAAAUCGCCCAGCUGAAGAACAUGGUCAAAGCCCUUUCUGGGGGACUAGACGCGGUGGUGACAGAGGGAGGGGAGAACUUCAGUGUGGGUCAGAGGCAGUUGUUCUGUCUGGCCAGAGCCUUCGUCAGGAAGAGCUCCAUCCUCAUUAUGGAUGAAGCCACUGCAUCUAUCGACAUGGCAACGGAGAAUGUCUUACAGAAGGUGGUGAUGACAGCCUUCGCCGACCGAACCGUCGUCACUAUUGCACAUCGUGUCCACACCAUCCUGGAAGCUGACCUGGUGAUCGUGAUGAAGCGAGGGAACAUCUUAGAGAUCGACAAACCAGAGACCCUUCUGGAGAACGAGGACGGCAUGUUCGCUUCCUUCGUCAGGGCUGACAUGUAGGCUCACACACUGCAGCCAGCACACCAUCAGUCUAUCAAUGAAUCAGCCUCCUCAGUGUUUCCCACAAUGCUUAGGUGGGGCGCAGAGUUCCAGAUAUUAUUACCAUUAUUGACUGAAGCUCAUAGUGUAGGUUUUCGACAGGGGAAAUGGAGCCAGGCCAGUUGACCACCUCCACUUGGUAAUGGUAGGGGAAACACUGCUUCCCAAAACACCACUGAUGGCCUUCUUGUGUUGAUUAUUGGUAAUAUAUUAGUUAUUGAGUUAUUGAUUGAAUGAGUGACCUAUUAACUUGGUCGUGGAAGGAUCACAAUCGGUUGUUAAAUAUGAUUACAAUUUUACAAAGCUUUACUGAAAUGUUUUAUGUUUAAAUUAUAUAUUUAGUUACUUAUUACUAUAUGAUGUAUGUAUAUAUUUUACACCAUUAUUCAUAGGUAAGCAAUAAGCAGGUAUACUGUAGUAUUACUACAUUGGUACAAACACUGUAGGGUAUAUCGCUGGAGCAUUUUUAGCCCGGGGACCCUUUGUCUGUCUGAUUAGAUGCGAUGCUGACUGAACCAUGGGACUGUGGUCACUGACUCCUCUUUGAAAAAGGACAGCUUUCACCCAAUGGGUGUUCUCUAAAGGACUGAAUCUUAAUGUGAGAUGUGCCUAACUUCAACUCAUACAGAACUUGUGUACUGUAAACCACACAUCCAUGUCAAGAUGUAUGUCAAAACUUUGAGUUACGCAUGUUGGUGUUAAGUUAAGAUCCAGCCCUAAAUGAUAAGGGAAGAUUCCGCUUUCUUCUACCUGCCAUAAGCCAGGCCAGCGUUAGUUUCUACCAUACAUGGUGCUGGCUGGUGUAAUUGGUAAGGAAAGUGGUUUUAUUUUCAGUAUUAAACCUGGUGUCUGGGGAGCUGUGCCACUGUCCCACUGUAGUACCUGAAUAUUUAUAGUUAUUUUGCAUAUCGAACAAUGAUCAUUUUAUAUUGACUUCUUUGUAUUGUAUUAUAGCCUGAAUGCCAAACUGAUUAUUGUAAGCUACACUUUGAAGAAUGUCAGUAUCUGUUUUUACCGAUAUACUGCUGUGUUGUUUUGUUUGUCAGUGUAAAGCGGUUUCUCAUCUCAAGAAAUUCGUUUUUUAAAUCAUUCUUCAUUCUUAUUCAAUCCCAAACUCACAACCCAGAAUUCCUGCCCUACUUUCCUUACACACGUGUGGUCUGUUUUCCCACUCGUGUUUUCAACUCAAGACUCCCUCUCUAUAAUCUAAGAAUGGGUAGGCGUCUUCUAGCCUGGUUGAACAAGACUGAACCCUUGUUUCGUUUAGCUUGGAUUCCAGGCUACGUAUCUCCCCUCAACCUCCAUACUCUCCAUUGUAUACAUUAUAAGUGAGUAGCAGCUAAGUAUAUUUAAUGUAGCUUCUGCUGUGGCGGGGGGUCCAUGUAAAGGUCAAAGGUCAACAACAUGACCCCUAUAGUGUGGCUGCUAUCCUUCACCAGAGUUGUCUUUUUAUGGGCAAGCAGCACUUUGGAGUCAGUCUGUCAGAAAGUGUGGACACACAACACUCACCCCUCUCUAGAACGAUGACAUCAUGAGAGCAGAAUGACUAUAGAUAUAGAGCACUGAUAUACAGUUGAAGUCGGAAGUUUACAUAAACCUUAGCCAAAUACAUUUAAACUCAGUUUUUCACAAUUCCUGACAUUUAAUCCUAGUAAAAAUUCACUGUUUUAGGUUAGUUAGGAUCACCACUUUAUUUUAAGAAUGUGAAAUGUCAGAACAAUAGUAGAGAGAAUUAUUUAUUUCAGCUUUAAUUUCUUUCAUCACAUUCCUAGUGGGUCAGAAGUUUACAUACACUCAAUUAGUAUUUGGUAGCAUUGCCUUUAAAUUGUUUAACUUGGGUCAAACGUUUCAGGUAGCCUUCCACAAGCUUCCCACAAUAAGUUGGGUGAAUUUUGGCCCAUUCCUCCUGACAGAGCUGGUGUAACUGAGUCAGGUUUGUAGGCCUCCUUGCUCACACACGCUUUUUCAGGUCUGCCCACAAAUUUUCUAUGGGAUUGAAGUCAGGGCUUUGUGAUGGCCACUCCAAUACCUUGACUUUGUUUUCCUUAAGCCAUUUUGCCACAACUUUGGAAGUAUGCUUGGGGUCAUUGUCCAUUUGGAAGACCCAUUUGCGACCAAGCUUUAAAUUCCUGACUGAUGUCUUGAGAUGUUGCUUCAAUAUAUCCACAUCAUGUUCUUUCCUCAUGAUGCCAUCUCUUUUGUGAAGUGCACCAGUCCCACCUGCAGCAAAGCACCACCACAACAUGAUGCUGCCACCCCCGUUCUUCACGGUUGGGAUGGUGUUCUUCGACUUCCCCCUUUUUCCUCCAAACAUAACGAUGGUCAUUCUGGCCAAACAGUUCUAAUUUUGUUUCAUCAGACCAGAGGACAUUUCUCCAAAAAGUACAAUCUUUGUCCCCAUGUGCAGUUGCAAACCGUUGUCUGGCUUUUUUAUGGCGGUUUUGGAGCAGUGGCUUCUUCCUUGAUGAGCGGCCUUCCAGGUUAUGUUGAUAUAGGACUCGUUUUACUGCGGAUAUAGAUACUUUUGUACCUGUUUCCUCCAGCAUCUUCACAAGGUUUUUUGCUGUUGUUCUGGGAUUGAUUUGCACUUUUCAAACCAAAAUAUGUUCAUCUCUAGAAGACAGAAUGCGUCUCCUUCCUGAACGGUAUGACGGCAGGGUGGUCCCAUGGUGUUUAUACUUGCAUACUAUUGUUUGUACAGAUGAAUGUGGUACCUUCAGGCAUUUGGAAAUUGCUCUCAAGGAUGAACCAGACUUGUGUAGGUCUACAUUUUUUUUUCUGAGGUCUUGGCUGAUUUCUUUUGAUUUGCCCAUGAUGUUAAGCAAAGAGGCACUGAGUUUGAAGGAAGGCCUUGAAAUACAUCCACAGGUGCACCUCCAAUUGACUCAAAUGAUGUCAAUUUGCCUUUCAGAAGCUUCUAAAGCCAUGACAUCAUUUUCUGAAAUGUUCUAAGUUGUUUAAAGGCACAGUCAACUUAGUGUAUGUAAACUUCUGACCCACUGUAAAUGUGAAACAGUGAAAUAAUCUGUUAACAAAAUUACUUUUGUCAUGCAUGAAGUAGAUGUCCUAACCGACUUGCCAAAACUAUAGUUUGUUAAUUAACAAGACAUUUGUGGAGUGGUUGAAAAACGAGUUUUAAUGACUCCAACCUAAGUGUAUGUAAACUUCUGACUUCAACUGUAUAGUCUAGGAGAAUGACAUUGGAGAUGAGUGGCAGGCUAUUGUGGCUGUGGUGUGUACGGCUAUGACUGUCUGUUAAUCCUACACUUCUAAAGAACGGUCCCAGAAGGGUUCUUUGGCUGUUCCCAUAGGAGAACCCUUUUUUUGCCUGCUAGAAGCCCAAACAGAUAUAAUGUUUAACUAAAACAUGAUCAUAUUCAACCUUGCUUACAUUUUUAUACGAUCACGUGUCUCUAUUACAGUAUAUGUAAUAGAGAGGAAUAGAUUUCUUAAAUUGGGAAUAGAUGGGAAUAGAUCUAUUUAAAUAAAUAACUUGGAGCUGAUUUCCUGUUUUGCUUUGUAGGGGGGGUGCUCAGAAAGCUUGGGGGGGCAAAUAAAACCACCCGCUGGCCAAAUUCGGGCCUGCGGGCCGCCAGUUGGAGAAUCCUGUUCUAUGGGGACAGCCGAAAAAAAACUUUUUAGGUUCUAAAUAUAAAAACACAGCAGCAUUGCAGUUCUUGACACUCAAACCGGUGCGUCUGGCACCUACUACCAUACCCCAUUCAAAGGCUUAAAUAUUCUGUCUUGCCCAUUCACCCUCUGAAUGGCACACACACACACACAAUCCAUGUCUCAGUUGUCUCAAGGCUUAAAAAUCCUUAUUUAACCGGGUCUCCUCCCCUUCAUCUACACUGAUUGAUGUUUAUUUAACAAGUGACAUAAAUAAGCAAUUAUAGCUUUCACCUGGAUUCAUCUGGUCAGUCUAUAUCAUGGAAAGAGCCGGUACACUCUACUUAUAGAUAUAUAGAUCUAUGGUAAUUCAGACUGCAUAUAUCCUUGAUCCAUAUCACAGAGAUUAUAUCAUCUUCCCUGCUUUUACUAUUUAUAUUUUCAAUCUUGGGAAUGUGCACAGAAAUAUAUGUUCAAAUAUUAUCAAUAAUAAUCUAUAUAAUUCCGAGACUACAGGUUGUCUUUUUCCAUUUUAUUGUGGGCUUGUGUCUGUCUCAUAUGUACAUUGUGUAUAAUUAACAGAUGUUUUAAAUAUAGACAUAGUUGAUCAUUACACUGUGUGCCUACCUUUUUUUACACUUGAACUGAUAAUAAAAAUGUGCUUUGAGUUGAAA